AUGUCUCCACCAGGUAUGUUCUCUCGCCCCGAUGGCACCAACAUCGCCGAGAUCAGGGCGAUGCAAUUCACUCACUGGGUUACGGUAGACUUCACUAAAUUUGGCGGACGAACCAAGCCUACCAGCGGCGACCGGAUGAUGAGUCUUAUGGCCGAGCAGUGCCGAUCGGGGGUUGCUACUGUUACAACUAUGCCUCUGCAUCACACCCAGCCAUGCUGUCUCUCGUUGCCGGUCGUGGGGGAUGCUGCGCUUGUACGUGUUCAUAUUCUGUGGCGUGCAGCUGAGAUUGCUGAUUCGCAUAGGGAGGAUAUUAUGGCUGGUAAGCUGAUGAUUGAUACUAAGCGCAUUCUGGGUGGUGGUCCAGGGGGGCCUUCUAAUACAGUCAACGGGGCUUAG